AUGAGCCCAACCCUCCUCAGUCAAGAAAUUGACAUGCUGCAGGGAAGCACUGUUUCUCAACUAAAACACCAACUGCACAAACACUUGAAGAAAUGCAAAAGAUAUCUAAUUGUUUUGGAUGAUGUCCCUAACACUCUGCUUUGGGAUGAUAUCCACCAAUGUUUUCCCGUUGACUCUACUGGAAGUUGGAUUUUGCUAACCACUCUUUUCACUGAUGUUGCUGAGGACACCACUGAAAGUUGGAUUGUCCGGAGCCUGCCUUACCUAAGUGACAAGGAGAGUUGGUUUCUGUUCUCCUGCAGAUUUUCUCUUAAACAGCAUAUGACAUCAAAAUUUGAAGAAAUUGCGAAGCAUCUUGUUGAGGAGUGCAGAGGAUUGCCGCGCUCAAUUGUUACAGUUGCAGACCGUCUAUCUAAAUGCAGCUACACAUUGAAAGAAUGGAAGAAGAUUGAGAAAGAAUUACUAUCAUUGGGAAUUCUACAUAGAGAUACAAAACACUCAAGUAAGCUUACCGACAUUUACAAUCGUUUACCACAACAUUUAAAAGUUUGUUUUUUAUAUUUUGUGGUAUUUCCAAAACACAGUAAAAUCAAUGUGAAAAGACUUAUUAAGUUAUGGAUUGCUGAGGGAUUUGUGAAGCCACUGGGGUGUCUGCCAUUAGAAGAUAUAGGUUAUAUGUAUUUAAGGGCUCUUAGAAGUAGAGGACUAGUCAAAACAGCUGGUAAGUCUGAUUUCAGACCAAAGACUUGUGAGAUACAUAUUGACAUGCAUAGCUUUUGCGUACGAGAAGCACAAAAAGAAGGUCUUUUAUGUGCAGCAAAUACUCAACAGUGUAUUGGCUGGUCACUAGAUGUACUCGCAAAUUCAUGUCGCUGGUUAAGUUUACGCUCACAUAGUUUGGACUAUCAUGUGAUGUUUAGUUCAAAUAUUCCUCGCUCACUUUUCGUCUUUCAGGGAGGUUUUGAAAGGUUUAUACCCUUCAAACAUUUACGAAUUUUAGAUUUGAGUGAAUCUCUAAUACUCAAAAGAGUGUCAUUGUUGCCCUUAAGGAAUUUAGCUUUUUUGAGAUAUCUUUCCAUACCACAGUGGUUUGAGAGUUUUAAUGAUGUAGUAUCAGUUAAUUCAAAUUUGGAAACACUUACUGUUUCUGGCAUUGAUGAAUCAACACUUGGAGCGCGUACUCUUCAUUUAUUGCCAUCCAAAAUUUGGGAGCUGCAACAUUUAAGGCAUCUCAAACUUGGGGAUAUGUAUAUGAUAGAUCCUCCAAACAUGGUUAAAGAGCAUUUGCAAACAUUAGUUUGUGCAAUGCCAAUUCAUUUCAGGAAAAAAGAAGUGUAUUAUUGCAGGUUUCCAAGCAUAAGAAAAUUGGAAGUUGUGUAUAAAGACAUCUUAGUGCCUGGUUGCGGCGGUGAGCGAUGUUGCAGUAAGCCUAUGAUCAUUCUGGAGAAUUUUGAGGAUUUAGUGAGGUUGGAGACUCUAAGAGNGGUCAGAAGCUGCAGCUUCGCACCCUCACAACGGUGGAUCCUUGCAAUGCUCUCCACAGUUUGA